CGAAAUGGUCAAUAGCAAAAUUUUUACAUUCCUUGAAGACAUCAAAUUGAUACAUCUUUCAUGGCUUGUGCUUUUCAAGGCUCUAAUAUAUUCUCAAAAGCUUCUGCGUUAGCCAUUAAGCACAAAGGGAAGGGCGACCUGAGACAGGGAGGAUGCGCAACUUUGCCGCAGUGCAUGUCCGCCUCUCUCUUCUCUGAAACCCUUCUGGGCUUUUCACAUUCUCUCCUAUUCUCCAGGAUUUCGUGUCCUUCUUCUCCUCCACUCUUUCGAUUUCUUUGAAAUAGUUUCACUGAGGAGUGACACAGAUCUGAGUAUGGAGUUUUGCUGUGAGUAGCGGAACCGAUUGCUCAAAGCAAUGUUCGACAAUCGGCUGUCUUGAUUGUUUUCUUCUGUAAGGGAAGCUUUUGUUUUUUUAGUUUUUAUUUUUUAUUUUGCUUUGAAUCCUUUUUUGAAAACCCCACAAACCCUAAGACCAUGAAAGGAACACCUAAGGAUUCAGAGAAGCUAGUCUGGGAUCAGAUGAGGAGCAACUCUGGUAACCCCAUUGGCGUUUCCUCCAGUCCAUCUCGAUAUCUCUCGAAGCUCAUGGUCUGGCUUAUCGUUUUCAUCUCUCUUACCUACAUCGUUUACACCUUAAAACUCGUCUCUACUUCAUGCAACUGUAAUGAAGAUUCUUUGGGUCCUCUCCACCUUCGGUCCACUUCAUCUCGAGUGUCCAACAUUAGAGUUUCCUCUGCAGAGGCGAUUCAGAAUAGGACGCUUCAAUACAUACGCCAGAUCGAAAACCCCAAAAUCUCCCAAAAAAUAGGGCUCCAGGACAUUGUCUUUGGCAUUGCAGCUUCGGCGAGGCUGUGGGAACAGAGGAAGAACUACAUCAAGCUCUGGUGGAGACCCGACGAAAUGAGGGGGAUUGUGUGGUUGGAUAAAUCUGUAAAGACCCAGCGGGACGAAGCUCUCCCACCUUUGAAGAUCUCCGGUGACACGUCGCAGUUUGCUUACAAAAAUCGACAGGGACACCGCUCUGCGAUUAGGAUCUCGCGGAUCGUGUCGGAGACGGUGAGAUUGGGAAUGAAGGACGUGAAGUGGUUCGUGAUGGGAGAUGAUGACACAGUGUUCAUCCCGGAGAACCUGGUUAGGGUUUUAUCAAAAUACGACCACACUCAAUUUUAUUACAUUGGAAGCUUAUCAGAAAGCCAUCUGCAGAAUAUUUACUUCUCGUACGGCAUGGCUUACGGCGGUGGAGGGUUUGCCAUUAGUUAUCCAUUAGCGAAGGCUCUGGAGAGAAUGCAAGACAAAUGUAUCCAAAGGUACCCAGGAUUAUAUGGUUCCGAUGACCGGAUGCAAGCUUGCAUGGCCGAGCUCGGCGUUCCCCUGACCAAGGAGCUUGGAUUCCAUCAGUACGACGUGUAUGGGAACCUGUUCGGGUUGUUGGCAGCUCAUCCGGUGGCGCCGCUGGUGUCGGUGCACCAUCUGGAUGUGGUGGAACCCAUAUUCCCGAACGUGACACGAGUGGGGGCGUUGCAGCGGCUGAUGGAGCCCAUGAAGCUGGAUUCGGCUGGGCUGAUGCAACAGUCGAUAUGCUACGACAAAGAGAAGACGUGGACGGUGUCGGUGUCGUGGGGUUUCGCUGUCCAGAUAUUCAGGGGAGUUUUCUCGCCCCGGGAGAUGGAGAUGCCGUCUAGGACAUUUCUUAACUGGUACCGAAGGGCUGACUACACUGCUUACGCCUUCAAUACCCGACCCGUUAGCCGCAACCCAUGCCAGAAGCCCUUCGUCUUCUACCUCAACAAGUCUAGGUUUGAUCACGACACGCAGCGGACGGUGACGGAGUAUGUGCGGCAUCGGGUCCCUCACCCAGCCUGCAAGUGGAAGAUGGCUGAUCCUUCUGUCGUUGACAGAAUUGUGGUUUAUAAGAGACCCGACCCGCAUCUCUGGGAUAAGUCUCCGAGAAGAAACUGUUGCAGGAUAUUGGCUUCGGAGAGUAGCAGAGGGAGAAUUUCGAUUCAUGUGGGGGUAUGUAAGACUGAUGAGAUUAGUCAAAUGUAAAGAAGCUUAAGUGUGAACAAAAACACGGAGGGGGGAGAUCUAACAAUUGUGUAAAAGAAACAGCAGGUGGGGUUGGGGUUCUUUCUUUUAUUUUUCUCUUUCCUGUAAUUUUAUUAUUAUUCUUCAAUCUUUCAGGAAUCUCAGUAUGAUUUAUUUAUUAA